GCGAGCCAGUCACCUCACUUCCUUUGCCACUGUAGGUGUUGAAAGGAGAAACAGGCUCUCCAUCAGCCAGUCAGCCACCUCUGAGACGACCAGACAACCCUCACCAGCUCAGCGACCAGACAUGGCUCCGUGGGGUGAUGCAAAACUCGUCUUCUGCUUCCUCCUCAUCACCUGCUGCUGCACAGAGGUGUUAGGGCAGAUGGCUAUGGACUGCUGCCUGACUGUCAAAAACAAAACCAUCGAACAACAGCUGAUCAUAGACUACCAUCAACAGUCCAGUGGACAGGGCUGCGCCAUUGAUGCCAUGAUUUUGGUGACCAGAAAAGGCAAGAAUCUCUGCACGCCCGCUGAUGAGCUCUGGGUCCACCGUGUGGUGAGCCAUGUGAAUCAGCUGAAGAAACAGUGCAAGAAAAGAUUCCAGAAGCUUCGCUGCAAGGGAGUGAAGCUUGAGUGAACUGGGACCGACCUGUGACCCCCCAUCAGCCAGAGCAACAACACCAAUGAGCCGCUGCAAGUCAGGGAGCAGUUUAAAUCAAAGUGAUUGAAACAAUAAGUCAGGAUAAUCACAGUUACUCCUUCUAUUUCUAAAGAGCUCUUUUUCUAUUUCAACUUUGUCUUUUAUAAAGCUAUGUUAAUUUGAGUUGCAAAAAUAAAUAAAUAUGUAUAUAUAUAAAAACAUUGUGAAGGAUUUUUUAUCUAUUUUAUGGAGUUUAUGUUUUAAAAGACGAGGAAAUUCAAAAUGUGAAUCUGUAAGAUUGUAUCUCACUAAAAAUAUUUUAAACAGCUAAACAACUCAGGCAGUGCCACUUUUUUGCUUGUAUGAAUUUCUUUUACAGUUUUUUCAAAUAAACCCUGUGUUUUUUCCCCCAAA